GCACAAGCUGAAAGCUGGGCCCCAGAUUGCGCCCUCCUAGGGGGGCAUGCCGUGCCCCCCGUCAAGGGGGCUGACAACAACAAUGCCGACUUGCUCGAGCUCAUCGAAAGAACGCAAAUAGAAGGACCAUGGCCCAUUGAUCAUCCACUGCCGUUGCCCAGAUGGGCCCUCAAGCCCAAGGAUUUCUACCAGCUGGGGUCCCUCACCCAGUUCGAGAAGCUGGCCGGGAGCAUCGAGAUGCACGUGCAGAGGCUGCUGGAGGAGCACAAUUAUAACACAGUUGGCAAUUUCAUCAAGUUGUAUCAAAAUUUUAAGAAGAGUGGAUGUUGUAGUUUCUUCAAGUUUUUCCAGAUUUAUGCACCUCCAAUCACUCCAGCUCACCAUACUUGUGUCGGUUUGGCGUUAGAGCUAUGGAACCGCUUGCAUCAACUAGAAGUGAGCUUUCCUGAACUUAGCAAGCACCUUUACCUAGUAUCAUGCGAAGAAAACAUCGAGGCCUUAAGUGAAUACACCGCUUUAAGUGAAAGAUUAGACACUGCCGCUUACGAUUUAGAAAAAGAACACGUCCUGCUAUGUCUAAAAUUCCAGAUCAAUGAACGUCAGGGAUUGUUACUUUGUGACCCUGGUUAUCAUGUUAGUCGAGUAGUUACAGUCAUGCAAGACCGAGCAUAUCCUAAUACCGGUUGGUUUAUCCAGUCUGAGGAAAAUAACAUCCGUAAAGAAUACAAUUACCAAUUUUCCCCCUUAAACGACAAAUUUGUGGAGUGGAACGAACGGACCACAAGAAACGGAAUUCAAGAAACAUUUACCGGUUUAAUUUUCACCGCCCACCCCUACAUGACAGCGAUCGAUGUAACUGAACGCAGAAAUUUAGUUUACAAUUUCAGAAGUUUAUUAUCAAGGGAUCCAAAAGGACAUUUGAUAGCUGGGAUUUAUUUCAAAGUUAAAGAGAAUUGCGACGAAUUUACCAUCUUUUAUCAAGAUAUGGGCAAACAGAGGAUGAAAAUGAAAUUUUCGAGCUUCACUCAACCAUUCCAAAUAAGAGAAAAGGCGCUUAACAUCAUCACAAUUUGCAAUGAGCAAUUAAAUCUUCCCGAGGGUUCGCUUCUGAAAAUUUUAAUAGAACUGGGAGAACUGAUGAAUGAUAAAUUGUAUUUGCGACAGCUUUUGGAGGUUAAUGAUAGUAUCAACAUCAUGUCAGCUAACAACUAGCAUAUAGCAAAUACAGAUUUUCACUUUCGUUCGAGGUUCUUUUUCUUUGCUGUUAUUGGGUUGUUGUUUGUACUUUUUAUUCAUUUUAGUUUAAGUUAGUUAGGUUUAAAAAUAUUAUUUAAUCAAAUUUAAUAACUACUUACUUUUAAGUAAAUUUAUAACGUCAUAACAAAUACCUAACAUUAAUGGAAAACAUAUAUAAAAAGGCUUGUAUUGUUUAACACUGUACACUGCUAUUGCUAGUAGAAUAGACUGGAAGCUUGACUCUAUGUUUUCUUUCAUUUGCAGUACCUUCCCUUUAAUCACGCUUCUAUAAUUCUAACCUUUUUACAAUGCAAGAAAAAUUUUAACACUGAUAUUCUUUGCCAGUUGAAGUUCCUCAUUUUUUCAUAACAAAUAUUAUGUGAAUUUUUAAUCAAUCAUCACAGUUUUAAGCCAUAUAGUGUAAUUCACACGUUUUCUGAAAAAUUAUAAUAAUAAAAAUUACUUGAUAAAGA